AUGGAGGCUUUCGUACCUCGACAAGUCUAUCCUUCCUUGUCUUCAAUUCCUCGCUCCUAUUACUUAGGCCAUCAUGCAGCUGGACUCUCCAAGAUGAAAGCCAUGGUGUCGCAGAUUGACCUGGUCGUCGAAUGUCGCGAUUAUAGAACCCCAAUCGUCUCGCGAAACCCAUUGUUCGAAGCACACCUUGGGGAACGUCCACGUUUGAUAGUGUACACCAAGCAAGAUCUAGGAAGCAAUUUCACCAGCGACGACAGGAAGAGAGAAUCUGUCAUUAAAAAAUGGGAUGCUCCGUCGACGUCGUUCUUCACCGACAUUAAAUCUCGUGGCACCAUUAAUCGAGUUCUCGACUUUGCGCGGGCACAUGCUAAUGCCUCUACAUCUCUUUUCGGGACUCGCCUCAUGGUUGUCGGCAUGCCCAAUGUUGGGAAGUCUUCUCUCCUCAACGCUCUUCGCAAUGUCAGCCUGGGAAAGAAGAAAGCAGCAAGAACCGGCGACCAACCGGGAGUCACCCGAAAGAUUGGAACCAGUGUAAAAAUCAUCGAGGGAAAAGACGGUAACGAAGGAGUUUAUGUUGUCGACACACCUGGCGUUUUUGUACCAUAUGUCCCUGAUGCCGAAAGUAUGUUGAAACUCGCUCUUUGCGGGAGUGUCAAAGACGCCAUCAUCCCUCCUACGACUAUCGCCGAUUAUCUCUUGUUCCAUCUCAAUUUGCAUGAUCCCGAACUGUACCGGACGUUUUCUGAAGCGACCAAUGACAUCUUUGUUGUGCUUGAAGGUCUUGCUCGGAAACAAGGCCGGUUAAAGAAAGGAGGUGUUCCAGAUUUUGAAUCUUCGGCCUUGCAAUUCGUCCAACGAUGGAGAAAUGGUCAAAUGGGUCGAUUUUUGCUGGAUGAAGUGACUGAGGCUGCGCUUUAUCAACGAACGGAGCAAUUGAACCUGCUUGGCGGGAGUAUGAACCAAGCUCGCAAGGCUGUCAAGCAAUCGAGAAAAGAAGCCUAUGUCGACAGAGGCUGA